AUGUCUGAGCGUUGGAAUGAAGACGAGUUGGCUCGCGAACUGGAAGCCGCGUCGAAGCGAGUAGAGAACGUUCCUCUGUUCGUUGGCGAUUGGAAAGGCUCGGACGAGGAGACUGACGAAAGCCAGCUCGAAGCAGCUCAUGCUGUUGGCAGCUUGACACGAGACUUCCGAAACGUUCGCACUGGUGAAAAACUCUCUUUCUUCGUCAUCUGUGGGAAGCCGCGGCAUGUUGCGAUCCACACUCCGGAUGACUGCUAUGUGGCUUCCGGGUUCGAGAUGCUGAAUAAGCCCGAGGUGGUCGAAGUCGAGACGGAAGAUGGCCCCGUAACGUUCAGAACGACUGUAUUCAAAAAGAUCCAAGGAAAUGCGGCGCACCACGUACGUGUUUAUUGGGCCUGGAAUAGGGAUGGAAUCUGGGAAGCCCCCGAGUACCCCCGUCUGGCUUACGCUUGGGGACCUUCGCUAUACAAAAUGUACAUCAUCUCUCACGGCGAUCCGGCAAUGGAAGAAACCUUCGAUGAUGACAACCCUGCUGUUCGUUUCAUGAAGGCAAUUGUCCCUGCAACCAACAAUGCUUUGUUCCCCAACGGCAGCGAUUCUUCCGCUGAUUCCGAACAGCCUCAGCAAGCCCUCUCCCCAAAAGAGUCUACAGAUAGCCCCGAAGAAGCGAGACCGCGUAUCCAGAAGCGUGUCGACAUGCUGGGGGCCGAAAAAAACGGAGUCGUCAUGCUCUGGUCCAAGCUCCCCUUUGCAUUUGCCCAUCUGCGAAGAGCAGUAGUCUCUCUCAUUGCACUGCUGGUUCACUUGGCGGUUGGCGCCGUUGUUCUAGCAGGCGGCGGUGCUGAAAACUGCGUGGUCGUGGUCAACCAAAACAGUUGGGCAUCGAAAACGGUAGCGAAUCACUUCAUUCAGCUCCGUAAUGUCCCUUCCUGCAACGUUGUUUACGUCGAUUGGGAUGAGGGGGUCGAGACUACUGAUGUCGAUUCGUUUCGAUCAAAGAUUCUCACCCCGGUGCUGACUACCAUUGCCGGGAGACACCUCGACAGUCAGAUCGACUAUGUGAUCUACUCCGUCGACUUUCCAUUUGAAGUCCAGAUCCAGAAGGACAUCGAGGGGCGAAAUGCUCCAAAGCAAAUCACACCCUCGGGCUCUAUUACUGGCCUGACUUAUUUUUGGGAAUUGGUCACGGCCAAGAACCCAAACUAUGUCCGAAUCGAUGCCAACGGAUACUACCGUCGUACCGACGGUGGGGUUCCUGCGAGCCACGGCUUUCGCAGUUGGUACGGCUGGGAUUCUCAAGGGCAACUAGUCGAGGCUGGCGGAAAUCACUACGUUCUUUCCACUAUGCUCGGGGUGACUACCGGCCGUGGAAACUCUGUAAAUGAAGUGCUCGAGUGCCUCAAAAGAAGUGCCUCGGCCGAUGCUACUUCACCGCGGGGCACCAUCUACUUUGCUCGUAACGAGGAUGUUCGCUCGCAAGCGCGGCACAAUUAUUUCACACUGGCCGCAGAUGCAUUGCAAAAAAUUGGCGUUCAGGCAGAAGUUAUAGAAGCCGUUACACCGCUGAAAAAACCCGAUGUGCAGGGUGCCAUGCUUGGCACUCACACGGUCGACUGGGGUCGCUCAGGAAGCACUAUUUUGCCGGGAGCCAUCUGCGAGCACUUCACCAGCUUUGGCGGAAUGCUUCAAGAGAAUGCCAGCCAGACUCCGCUCUCUGAGUUCAUUCGCUAUGGAGCAGCAGGCUCCUCGGGCACGGUGAUCGAGCCAUACGCAAUUGCAGAGAAAUUCCCUUCGGCCUUCAUGCAAUUGCACUAUGCUCGCGGCUGCAGUUUGGCGGAGUCGUUCUAUCAGGCGGUUGCCGGCCCCUACCAGUUGCUGAUUGUGGGCGAUCCGCUUUGCCGCCCCUGGGCAAUCAUUCCCCUGAUUGAGUGCGAGGGUUUGACCUCGUCAGACACACUCUCAGGAGUGAUCUCGCUGAAACCCUCGGCGCGAACGAUCGGGCCUCCCAUCGAUCGGUUCGAAUUGUUCGUCGACGGUCAACGUCACGCAUCGAGCAGUGCAAACCGCCCCCUCAACUUCGAUACGCGAACGCUACUAGACGGUUACCACGAGUUCCGCAUUGUUGGCAUUGAGGCAGGAAACAUCGAGUCUCAAGGCAGUUUCAUCACGGGUGCGGUGGUAAACAACCAUGGUCGAACGGCUUCGCUUUCAGCAAAAAACGAUGUCGCCUUGUGGGGCCAGCCGUUUGAAGUCACGGUCGAUGCCCCCGGUGCCGCCCUGGUGGCGCUGUACCACAACAAACAACGCAUUGCCUCGCUUCGUGGCGAACAGGGCACCAUGAGCAUCGACCCGAAACAGCUAGGGCUCGGACCUGUAACACUCGAAGCUUUGGCACUAGGAAGUGGUGGCCCCAGCGAACAUGUGCUCGCGAAGCCGUUGCAAGUGAAUGUAGUCCCUGGCCCACCACUCGCAGGAGAAACGCCACCGGAGGAUCGUGAAAUUGGAUGGCUGUUACAAACCGAUUCGGGAGUCCGAGGAGUGGUUACCGAUUUCUCCUCCGGCGAUUGGCUGAGGAAGGCCGGCGCUGAGACCAACCAAGGGUUCCAGCUCAGUGGCUGGAUCAGCAUCAAGUCGCAGGAUGUCUAUCAGUUCCACUUGCAGCAUCGGGGACGCUUGACGCUCUCAGUCGACGGCCAACCGCUACUGGAUGCAGACAGUUCGAACAAGGACCACCGCGAAAUGAACAUCGUCCCAGUGCACCUGGCUGCCGGGUCGCAUCGAGUUGAGAUCACACUCACCCCAACGCCGGAGACAAGGCUAAGGCUACAGUUUGGUUCCCAGGAUCGGUUCAACGGACCGGGAGUCAGGUCGAUUCGGGGGCGGCAAUUCUGGCACGCGGGCUAG